AUGGGCACUUCAGACAGUGGGACAGGAAUUAUUGACAUCUGGUGCUCAGACUGUGCUGAUGGCUGCUGGAAAAUCAGCCCGGAGAAGCAAGAACACAGACAAUGGCUCAUAAUCAGAUACAUCACCAUAGUCAACACCAUCAUCAUCCUCACCAUCAGCGUCGCCACUCAUCUCAUCGUCACCAUCAACACCAACGUGGUGCACACCUUCCAGAGGAACAUGAGGAUAAGAGUACUUCAGAUGCCAGCAGUGGUCGCCAUCACAUUCAUGAGCAUUAUAACCAUCAUCACCCCCAAGCUGAUAGCCAUCAUCAUCAUCAUUAUCCACAACACUUCAUCAAGCUCAUCCAGUUCUGAAUCCUCUUCCUCCUCCAAUUCCUCUUCAUCUUCUUCCUCCAAAUCAUAUUUAUCCAAUUCCAGCUUUUCUUCUUCCUCUUCCUCUGGUUCACGUUCUUCUUGGUCUUCUGAAAGCAGUCUGGAAAAUGCUCCUUUGCCUGUUGAGUCCAAGCGAGCUAUUCAACGUUCAAAGCAGUCACAAUCAUGUAUGGAUAUCAGCAGAGGACGGAGAACCUUUGAAGAUGAUGAGGAUGAUGCAGAUACAAUGCCUUUAUUGGAUGCUGAUGACCAACUGAAGAAGUCCACAAGCCUGGAAAAGAACCUGACUGUCAAAGAAAAAAGUGGAGGAACUGCCAAGAAGACUGCAACCAAUUCUCAACAGAAGAAUGAAAAGGGCAAUAAGGGGCAACAACACAAUCAUGCUAAAGGGGCUGCAAACAUAAGAAAGACCAAGUCUAUGGAGGUUCUGUCGAGGCAAACAGGUCAUGCUGGUGUUGGAGACUUGGAUGAGAAGGGGCGGGAAAAAAAGAAGCAAGAGCCUCAUAAGAACUUUGUGAAGGAGAAGAUGAAGUUUUCUGCCUUUCUGAAUGAAAUCACAAGGCAGAAUCUGAAAACUGGCAUCAUGCCCAUCCAGAAUCCCAUCACCAUCAUGCCCAUCCAGAAUCCCAUCACCAUCAUGCCCAUCCAGAAUCUCAUGACCAUCAUGCCCAUCCAGAAUCUCAUGACCAUCAUGCCCAUCCAGAAUCUCAUGACCAUCAUGCCCAUCCAGAAUCACAUCACCAUCAUUCUCAUCCAGAAUCUCAUGACCAUCAUGCCCAUCCAAAAUCCCAUCACCAUCAUGCCCACCCUGAAUCCCUUCACCAUCAUGCCCAUCCAGAAUCUCAUGACCAUCAUGCCCAACCAGAAUCUCAUGACCAUCAUUCUCAUCCAGAAUCCCAUCACCAUUAUGCCCAUCCAGAAUCUCAUGACCAUCAUUCUCAUCCAGAAUCCCAUCACCAUCAUGCCCAUCCAGAAUCCCAUCACCAUCAUGCCCACCCUGAAUCCCUUCACCAUCAUGCCCAUCCAGAAUCUCAUGACCAUCAUGCCCAACCAGAAUCUCAUGACCAUCAUUCUCAUCCAGAAUCCCCCCACCAUUAUGCCCAUCCAGUCUCAUGACCAUCAUUCUCAUCCAGAAUCCCAUCACCAUCAUGCCCAUCCAGAAUCCCAUCACCAUCAUGCCCAUCCAGAAUCCCAUCACCAUCAUUCACCAUCACAUCACCAUCAUGAAACUCAUCGUAGCCCAUCACCACACCAUCACUCUCUUCAUUCAGAUUCCCACCACCAUUCACCUUCUCCAUCACAUAACCGUCAUGGAACUCAUCGUAGCCCAUCACCACAACAUCACUCUCUUCAUUCAGAUUCCCACCACCAUUCACCUUCUCCAUCACAUAACCGUCAUGGAUCUUUCCGCAGUCCAACACAUUCUUCUAAAUCAGGGACUCACCAUCAUCCAGAAGCUCACUGCUAUCCUUCUCACGCGGAAUCAAACCACCAUCAUGAUUCACCUUCACCACCACAUCACCACCAUGGAAGUCACCACACCUCAUCUUCACACCAUCAUUCCACCCAUUCAGAAACUUCCCACCAUCAUUCCCAUCCAAAAUCUCAUCACUAUGACUCACCUCCUCCUCCUGUCCACCACCAUGGAGAACACCAUGGUAGUAUAUCUCAUCUUUCUACAGACUCAGAAACACACCAUCAGCAACACCAUUAUUCUGAAUCCUCUCAUCCCAAGGCUCACCAUCGCCAUCAUCAUUCCCAUCCUAAUCACUCACCCAACCCUGAUCAUCACCAUCACACUUCAGUUUCAGAGCCAGAGAACAGUAAUUUCCACGAUGAUUCCCACUCUGAAACUCACCAAUAUUCUCAUUCACGUGAUACAUCCCCUACACCUGAACACCAUUAUCAUUCUUCUCAUACUGACACUCAACAUAAUCCUCAUCACCAUCACUUGUCUGACACUCAGCCAAAAAUCCCUGUACGCUCUAAUUCACCCCAUCUUUAUGAAAAUCAUCCCAACUCACAUUCAGAGUCCACAAAUCACGUCACGUCACGUUUUAAAGGUCACCUUUCCAAUUUGGACUUCCACCAUCAAAGUGAUCAUAAUUCUCCGGAACAUCACCCUCACCAUUUCCACUCAGGAAGUCAUGAUAACCCCCCUGUUGAAUCAGAUCAUUACCAUCACCACAAGUCUCAGGAAUCCCACCAUUAUUCCCAUUCAAAUGCCCCUCACCAAUCCAGUGCAGAGACUAACCAGCCUCCACAUCAUGAGCAUUCAAAAUCUCAUCAUCAUUCCCAACCAGAGUCCCACCAUCAUCAUUCCAAAGAUCGCCAUCAUCACCAUGACCAUCCAGACUCGGAUAAUCAGCAUUCCCAUACAGGACACCACCACUUUCAUACAGAAUCAAACCACUAUCAUUCCCACUUCAAAGAGGAUCAUCACAAUGAUGAUCACCCAAGCCAUCUUCGCCACUCUCCAGUGGGCCAGCGGUCUACUUCUCCACAUUCUAACAAGUCAGAUUCAUCUGUAAACUCCACUAUCCAGGACGAUCAAUCCACAGUGAGCUACCAAGAGUCAUCCUCCUUCCCAAAGGAAAAGGAUUCAUUGGAGAGGUUAACGAUGUUACAGGAGCAGAAUGAGAAUCUCCACCACAGCUUGCUGCAGACCACUAUGCAAAUGAAAUGCAUGGGAGCUGAGUUUAAAACCGGACACCAACUCCUUGAAUCUGAGUUACAAAGAACUCGCAUUGAGCUUAGCAGCUUAAUGGAGCAAUUCACAAGACUUCAGGACAACUACUCCUGCACACAACAAACCAACCACCUUCUGGAGAAAAAACUGCAUUGUGUGUCUCAAAGUAUGGAUGGAGAGCGAGAGCAACUGAACGAGCGGAUCUCAGAGCUCACAGAACAUCUGUCUGCAGCCAAGACGACCAUCCACAGUCUAGAGACCAUGAAUGUCACAUCAAUGCUACAGGAUGCCCUGGAGAAACAUCUGAAGUCUGAUGAUCCCAUAACACACCCACUUCCAGGCGCAACUCCUCCAGCUCCCUUCAUGGACAGUGAGCUUUAUGAGAAAGUCUCCAUGCAUGCCGAUGACCAGUCGCUGGGAACCCUCCCAGAGGAGGAGGAAUCCGAUUGGUCAGAAAUGGGAGAGGAGGCACAACACUUCGCCCCGAGGGUGAAUCGUGCAGACGCUCCGUAUUUCCAGUGGCAGCAGAGGCAAGGCAUCUGGGGGAUGGAGGACACGGAGAGCGAGUCCGGGGGUGAGGAGAGCAAACCUCAUCAAGCUCAUCACGGCCUACAGAUACCGCAUCUCAAGUUCACCGUCCACCCCGAAACCCUGCCGGUUCCCAUCGAGGAUGCCAGCCUGGCCCGCUUCAAGCAGAGUCCCGAAGGUCCAGCACGCGACGUGUACCGGAUCACAGAGGUGCGUGACCUGGGCUGCCCCAUCCGCACGCUCUCCGCUAGCCUGGAGGACAUCCACUCCACCGGACACCUGAAGCAGCAGCAGGAUCACCUCGUCCAGCUGAGGAGCAAUAAAUCCAUGAUGGACCUGCACCUGUCACAAGUGUCUCACGCAGACGAGAUCGUGAGUGACUGGAGAGAAGCGAACAGAGAGGACAGAAGCGGGAUGAUUGGUCUGGAGUCUGCUCAGAAAAUGCUCAACCACUUCAUUCAUGAAGGGGAGAGCACACACCUGUGACUAACACCUGGCACAUGCUAGAACGGGGAAUGCUCGUUAUAUAUUGAUUAUUGUAGUAAAUAUUAGUGAUGAAGUACAGGUUAACCAGUCUGGCAACUUGCAUUUUAUCACUGAUGCAAGAAAACAGAGAGGGAAAAUCAUAAUGUGUUUAUUUUUAAUCAGAUGUCGAGAUUUUGUGAAAUCCCACCGGCUAUUAAAUUGGGAAUAAUUAAUUUUUAAUGUCAUGGAAAGUCACCAACAUGCUCUAUCUCUAAACAACGACUGACUGGCAUCACUUGCUAAUAAUUCUAAUGACAAUCAUAGCCGAAUGCCUAUUUAUGCAUAGUUUUAGGCUACUCUAUAGAAAAAACGUAUAAUAUUUAAUGUAGAAAUUUAAUGCUGGUUGAUGUUUGUUAGGGAAAAAAUAGAUUUGAAAACGAAUUAUUAGCAAUGGGAUAUGUCAAAAAAAAAAAAAAAAAAAAAGUCUGUAAAAUGGACUGUCAAUGCUAUUUCAUUAAAGUGGGUUCUGUUUAGUUUAGGAUCACAGUGAUAGAUAUUUGUCUCCGAGGACAAAAGAUGAUCAAAUAGUGAACAAAAGCUACUAAAACCUGCUCGUUAGAUAUUUAUUCAUAUUUAUUUAAUACACAUUUUAAUUCUAAUGCUUUAGGUGCACACGCUAAUGUGUUUGUAAUUCUUCUAAUACUCUUACUUCUUCAUUUUACUCUUUACAGUAUUUCUAUAUUAGCUUUAUUUGUGUAUGAGAACCAUGCAGCACCAAGAAGAAGAAGAAGAAGUAAACCUCUGUUGAAGUAUAACUAUACAUGCUGUAGUUAAAGGAGAGAAUCGGGAGUGAAAAACAAAGGAGAGCCUCUAUAAGAUGAUAUAAAUCUUCAUGUGUAGUUGUGUUUUGUGUGAAAGAUUAAGUGACAGAUAAUAGGAAAAACAUCACCCGUGUGAUAUAUACAUAGCUGAUCCCAUAUGUUUUCUCAAUAGAUAAAUGCGAAUGCAUUUAAAAUGUAAUAACUAUGUAAUAACUGUCUGUAUUUCAUGCUAUUCUGUAGUUAUACGAGUGACAAUAUAA